UCUCACGCAACUGUUUGUCAAUUUUUUACUUUAGAGUGAUUUCCCUUAGAAAAAGCGGUGCGUUAUAUUUGUCUGUCGUGAAUUUAGCUUUCUGAAGAUGUAAACAAUAAUGGAGGAGGGAGGAGAUAAUCUUGAAAUAACAGACAGAAUUGAACAACUAGAGCUAAAAGAUGAUGUUGACAUCACUCAACAAGAAGAAAAUACGGUUGAAAUAGACAGCAAGACUAGUGAUAGCACAUCGUGUAGCAAUGAUAAUGAAGAAAAUACGAAGGAUAAUGAAACGAAAGAAUCCAAAAACCCGGAAGAGAGAUUAUGUGGAUGGCUGCAUCAACGUGCUAGAGGAAUAGGUAACCUGAAAACAACGAGGUUAAGAUGGUUUCAGUUUGGUGAUGAAAAUUGCAAGUUGUAUAUAUACAGAGAACCGCAAGAUUUGGUUCCUCUUGGAGAGAUCAAUAUAGGAACAGCUUCCUUUUACUUUGAUGCUGGAAACAGGGAUAAACAAGGACUUUUCCAAAUAAAAUCUGAUGGUAAGGAGAUUUUGUUGGAUGCAGGGAACCGUCACAACAUGAUGUACUGGUUACAGGCUUUACAGAAUAAGAGGAGAGAAUUUAACUUAUCUCGUGUCAAUGUGUCACAUGAUAGAGUUGGACAAUGGUCAAACAAGCGAGUCAGUAAUGCUGGAGGAUUGUUAUCCAAAACUACUGGCACAUCAGAACUUGGUAGUCAACCUUCAAUUAAUGCUAGUGACUUGCCAGAGAUUCGUGUUCCGGACUCCGACACCCACAGUAGCAAUAGUAGCCUGAACUCACUACCACCAGCAACCAGCAGACCUGCCAUGUGGGCUUUAAAUAAUUUGAAGGCAGAGUUUCAACAGAAAAUGUCUGGCAUCAAAUUUCCAGCAAAGCCAAGGAAAAAGAAAAAGAUUAAAAAAGCAGAAACAGUUGGGAAAUUUUCAAGGGACGGUCAUCAAAAAGAGUUCAGUGACAGUAUAUUUUAUUGUGACCUGAAAGUCCGCAGUGACAGUGACAUUUUAAGUACAUCAACUGCAAGUAUUAACUCUGUUGGUAGCUCAGAGCAAGUAAACUGUCUUCUGCUUGACAAUGAUGAAAAACCCAGGACUGGUUCACAACUUUCCACUGAAAGUGAUGAAAAGGAUAUGGAACAAACCCUAACUGCCAGAACUAACAGAAAUGUAUCAAGGAAUACAGGAAGUUGGACUGUGAUAGAUAAAAAUGAUGUUAUUUCUGAAGAAGGUGUGAAAGGAAAUAGCAGAACAAGUAAUAGUGAUUCAAAUGAGACAUGGAAGCCUUACACUUCUAAUAAUAGAAAUCAGGCACAAAAUGACCUUGACCCUGGUAAAUCAGGAAAGUUAUUCACAACUUUGAAGAAGAUGAGAUUUGGAAGAAGACAAAUAUCUGAACCAGGGCCAGCUCAUAGACUCCUGCCACAGACAAGAAGGGAGGUCUUUAAAAAUUUUCUCCCGACCUCCAUUACAUCUGAUCGGGGCAGAUUACGAAAAAUUUGGGAAAGAUACAAGGACAUAUGUCAAGGUUAUGAGCUUCAGCAUAAGUUCCUUACCAAGGAGAUACUAGAGCUAAAUGAUCUCAGGAAAGAUGACCUUGCUAAAGAGAAAAACCUCAUGAUGGAUUUUGCCAAAAUGCAGGCAAAGUAUUACCAGAUAAAGAGCAAGUAUUAUGUGUUGCUGAAGCAGAAGAAAGAACAGGGACCAGUUAGAGAGGGUGAAGAAGGCCAGGAAGUGGUGAAUCAGUUGUUAACAGAUGCCCUCGAGACGGAUGAUGAUGAUAUUGAGCUGCGUCUUACUGGAAGUGGUACAGUGUAUGACAAGUAUGGUUUCUCAAAGAAACAUUAUACAGAACAGACAGAUGAUGAUGAGGAAUUUGAUCCUUUAGUUAGCAAAGCUGCUGUGCUUGAAAAACAAUCUGAAGAGUUGCAUACCAAAGUCAAGGAAGCUGAUCAUGAUGCCUCUUUAAGAGUGAAAUGGGAGAAUUAUCUUGUUGGACGUGGUGGUAAACUACAGAAAGGUAACGAGUUGAAGACAUUAAUUAGACAAGGUGUUCCACAUGAGUUUAGGGAGGAAGUAUGGAAAGGGUGUGUGAAUAUCCACAUUAGUGAUUUAAGGGAGAUGAAAGGUGCCAACUAUUACCAGGACUUACAACAACAAAAAGCUUCCGCUAAAGGCUCUGACCCCUCUAUAAAACAGAUAGAACUAGAUCUCCUGAGAACACUUCCAAAUAAUAAACAUUACGAGUCAAUAGAGUCUGAGGGUAUACUUAAACUGAGGAGAAUAUUACUAGCUUUCAGUGAACACAAUAGAUUGAUUGGUUAUUGUCAGGGAUUGAACAGGUUAGCAGCUAUUGCCUUGUUGUUUCUCAAUGAGGAAGAUGCGUUCUGGUGUCUUGUUGCCAUUGUUGAUUAUAUUCUACCAGCAGAAUAUUUCAGCUCUACUUUGAUGGCAGCUCAGGCUGAUCAGAGAGUAUUAAAGGAUUUGGUACAGCACAAAUUACCAGCCGUGCAUUCUAAACUUGAAAGUAACCAAGUAGAUUUAUCAUUAUUUACAUUUAACUGGUUCCUCACAGUGUUUGUAGACAAUGUACCUACAGAAAUGUUUCUACGUAUAUGGGAUACAUUCCUUUAUGAAGGCAGUAAGGUGUUGUUCAGAUUUGCCAUUGCUUUCUUGAAGAAGGCAGAACAAGAAAUUCUGGAGCAAGAGGAUGGGCUGCAGCUUAACAGAUACUUGAGAACCAUUGGAGAGAAAAUGACAAACGUCAAACAAAUUUCUUCGUUUGCUUUCAAUUGGAUAAAUCCUUUCCCUAUGAGACUAUUGGCAAGCAGACGACAAUAUCAUUUACAAAUCAUCAAGGGUGAGUUAGCAGAACUAGACAAGUUACGACGUGGUGUACGAGAAGAAAGGGAAAAUAGUCGGACACAUGAUUAUUACAGUGAUGAUGAACUGGACAACUAAACUUUGACCUCUAAUAAUUCAUCAUGACCUUUGAUUAUGCUGUGAUGUUGUAUAAGCAUGUGUGAUUACAUGAUAAUGUAUGCAGGUUGAGAUAAUGAUGAUGAUUUUGAGUUUAAUAAAACAUAUCUUAAUACUCAAUGUUUCAAACGGUGCUAAUACUUAUUGUAUAUGCAUGUAUUUCUGACCUCUGGAUGCCAGUAAAGUAAAGUAUUUGUUAUUUAUUGUGUUCUGUAAGCUUUAUUUGUACAUAGAUUAACUUCAUGCCCAGAUAACAAUUUACAACAAUAUAUAAAAAAUUCAAUCGUAUGUCAGUGUACUAAAAGAAAAUUAUAUCAGUGUGUGAUGAUCCUGUUAUUUACAUGUAUAGUUAUCAUUUUAUGUAUAUGAUUACUUUAUGGGAGUAUAUGUUAGAACUGAUAGGUGUGUUACUGUGAUAUAGUGUAUCAAUAAUAAUGUUUUUAUAUCAUAGUUCAUCCUUAAAUUCCAUUUAAAUGACGAUUUUGAUGUUUUGAUUUAUCCCAAAGUUACAUGGCCUGUGAUAUGAUAUUUGCAAAUCAGAAAUACUGUCUCUCAUAUCUAUUUUACAAAAUAACAAACAUUCAAAACUUUGGUUGUUUUUUUUUUUCUAAAUAAGGGUGCAUGACUAUGCUUCAGUUUUGAUUAAUAUAAUUUCAUUAUCUAUUGCAUGUCAUCAUGACCUACAUUUAUACUACAGGAAGCUGUUGAAGCGAAAUGGUUAAGGUCAUAGUUGUAGGAACAUUAACUAUUGGUGCUAGAUACUUGAAAUAUUCAUGUGAGGAAACAUUAAGAUAGGUGAUUUUACCAUAGUGCCAUCUCUUGCCUUUAAUAAUUCACAGAAAGUUGCCUUACAUCUUCCUUCAACUUCCUUUUCAACUUUCCAUAUGAAUUGUUUUGAUUUAAAAAAAAUCCUGUUAUAAUUAAUAUGCAUCCACUAUUUCACUCAUGUUUUCAUUUAUAAAAUCUGUUUCAUGAAAUAUCACAAAGUUAUAUCAUAAUGAGACCUUUUUUACAUGUUUAUGUUUACAAUAAAUGUACAAUAUAUGAGAAUUUUUAGCUUACCUGUGCACAGAGUGCCAAAAGGUGACAACAUGAUGUCCAUUUUAUCCACAAUUUCUUUAAAUAGUAUAUCUUUAACUAAAUGGUAUAUUUUGAUCAAAAUUCAUUGGAAAUAUCCUUACUUGGAUAUCUUCAACAUUUUCAUGAAUGGUUCAAGUGAUGCACAAGUUGGUCACAGGAGCUAAAAAUAGAAAUGUAGUACUUAAUAAACAACAAUGCUUAGAGCUUAGGUAUCUAUUAUGUAACACAACUUUCUUGUGCAGAACUAGCUAAUCUAGACCUUUAUAUUUGGCAUGCCUGGUGUUCAUCUACUAAAAUUGUAUGAAAAUGACCGGCUCCAGUGUCAUAAAAUAAUCUACUUGUGCAUUGAAGAAUAAAUGACCUUUCUCGGGUUAGCGAUGUGGACUAUCAUGGUUCUCUUGUUUUAUAAGUCUGUAGUAUAUUGAUCAUAAAUUUUUGUAAAGGAAGAAAGUUAACCAUGACUUUUUAUUAGUGUGAGCUAUUGGUAUCAAAGGGGGAUACUCCGGCAUCCAUCAUCAUGCGUCAACAGUCAUCUUCUCUGAAACUGAUGGGCAGAUUUACCUAAAAUUGGUCUGUAGCAUCCUUGUGACCGUCACACUUAAAUUUGCUCAUGCCAUUUCAGUUGGCCCCUUUUAGGGGUCAACAGAGCUAAAAAUAGAAAAACCUUUAAACCUCUUCUUCUACUAAAUUAAAUGAUGGAUGAUCACCAAAAUUUGUCUGUAGCAUUCUUAGGUAGUCUUGUAUCAAGUUUGCUCAUUUUAAACUUGAUUGGCCCCUUUUAGGGGUCUCUAGAGCUAAAAAUAGAAAAAAACGUUAGACAUCUUCUUGUACAGAACUAAUGGAUGGAUGAUCACCAAACUUUAUCUGUUGUAUUCUUAGGUAGUCUUUUUUUCUUUUACUGAAAAGCAGUUGUUUCUGGUGAGUGACUCAGGGCCAUCAUGGCCCUCUUGUAUAUUAUUUUGAUGAUUAUUUUGCAAUAUCAAAGUUUUAUUUUCUGAUGGUUUGGUACAAAUAUUAUUUGUGUUUUGCUACCUAUGACUUAUUGUGUUAUACUUAGUAUAUUGUUACCUUGUACAGCAUUUAGUUAAGAUAUACAUGAUCUCCUGUCUCUUCUGUUAUAUAAUGAUGUUGUUGUUGUUGUAUAAACUGGAGCAAUGUCCCUAUUGCAUGAUAAACACACCAAAAAUUUGUAAAGUUUUUAAUGCGUAUUGUUGUUGAGUUGAGUUUAUGUGUUAUUUUAUCGUAACGUUUUAGUAGAUCAUUAAUGUACAUCUUUAUAUCUUAAGAUAUUAUUUCAUCUAAAUUUAUUUCAUUAUUAUAUAAAGUCAUACAUUUCAACAAACCAUUUCUGAAUACUAUUUACCACCUCUGUGUUAUCUCACCCUGGUCACAAAGCGAUAUUUAAUAGAGCUGUAUUUCAAGUCUCUGCCAUGGUUAAAGCAAAACUUUAUAAAAUUGCAGCCAUAUUAUCAAAUAAGAUUACAUAUGAUUGAUUUUGAUCUAUCUAGCUGAAUUUAACCAAGCGUGAAAUCACUUUAUAUCAUGCUCUUUGUGUCAUUAAUGACAAGUCAAUUAUGAUAAGAACACAUGAAUACAACUGUGCAAUAGUUUAUCUUAGUUAAAAGAUUCCUUGUUAAAACUUGAGAUAUGUUAUGGUAACAAUUUAUUGUUUUUAAAAUAAUGAAGAGAUGAUGUGUAUAUUGGAAAUAAAAGUUUGUGCAAGAUGGUA